GUACAUUUUGCGUUUACAUUCGAUAAAGUUUGCAUCAAUAUUCACAAUUUUUUUUUUAAUUGAAUAAAAAGAAAAUAAAAUUUAAAUAAGACGAAAUGGAUCUUCACCGAAAUGAACACAUGAUCACUUUUUUUUCUACUUUGUUAUUAUUACCAAUUUUUGUUUUUGGGGUAACUUUAAAAGUGAAUAAUAAUAAUGCAAUUAGUACAACUGAAAAUCAACUCGAAGCAUUAAAUAAAGAUCAGGAUAAAUCCGAAUCGAAUUAUGCCUUUUCUUAUGGCGUAUCUGACCAUAACACCGGCGAUCAAAAAUCCCAUUGGGAGAAACGUGAAAACGGAGUCGUUUCUGGGGCUUAUUCCGUUUUACAACCCGAUGGAUCAACCAGAUUAGUUAAAUAUACAGCUGAUAGUACAGGAUUUCAUCCAGUUGUACAAACUGUAAAUCAACCUGCCCAAAGUAUUUCUUCGUUGUAUCAAUAUCAACAAUCAACGCCGUAUCCUUAUUAUCAACAAAGUUCUUAUUAUACAACACCUAGACCUAUAAGACAAUUUUAUAAUAAUCCAAAUACCGGAUAUAAUUAUAAUGGAAGAUAUUAUUUUCCGGGAGAUUACAACGCAGGCAGUUAUCUGAACAGUUACGGCGGAUACGACAGCUCUUAUAGUGGUAGAGGACCAGUCUCGGGACCUUAUAAUUUAGGAGGCAACAGGCAAAGAGGGUCCGGAGGAGUACCGUUACUGCAUUCCCAGUACCACGGAUACGAUAAUUUAUACCAUUGACAACAACAAGAAAUGUGACGGAUUGAGGUGUUAAUUUAAGUGACUCGUGUUUAUUAGAAACGGGACGUUCUUCAGAUACAGGUAGUAAUUAUUUUGUUCAAGGGUUAAAUGACUAUUUGUAAAGUUAAAAAAAAGUUGAGGUGUUGAAAGAUAUAUUGUAGUCUCUUUAAAACGAAAGUAAAUAAAUAAAUAUAGAAUAAGUA